AUGAAUAUCAAAACUGAUCAUAACUUACCUGAAGUUUGUAUAAAUGCAUGGGCUCAGUUGUUUAAAGAGUAUUUGCCUGAAGAUAAUUUGUGUGCUGAAUCUUAUUAUGAGAUUCAGAAACUGGUUCAUAGCCUUGGCUUACCUUCGGAGAUGAUUGAUGUGUGUAUAGACAACUGUAUGAUAUACUGGGGAGAAAAUGCAGAAUUGUUAGAGUGUAAAUUUUGCAAGAAGCCACGAUAUAAACCGCAAAGACGUGGGCAAAAUAGGGUGACGUACCAGCGGAUGUGGUACUUACCUAUUAAGGAUAGACUGAAGAGAUUAUAUCAAUCUGAAAAGACGGCAGCAGCGAUGAGAUGGCAUGCAGAACAUACUCAGAAGGAAGGCGAGAUCAAUCAUCCCUCUGAUGCAAAAGCGUGGAAACAAUUGAAUUCGAUGUACCCUGAUUUUGCAAGCAACCCCUGCAACGUUUAUCUUCGGCUCUGCAUAGAUGGCUUUAGUCCAUUUGGAAUGUCUGAAAGACAAUAUUCGCUUUGGCCUUUCUUCUUGUUGCCAUACAACCUUCCACCAGAGAUGUGUAUGGAAAAGAAAUUGCUUUUCAUGAGUAUAUUGAUAUCUGGCCCAAAACAUCCGAAGAGGUCCCUUGAUGUUUUUCUACAGCCUUUGAUAGAAGAAUUGAAGGAAUUAUGGUCAACAGGCGUGCAGACAUAUGAUUGUUCAACGAGAACAAACUUUAGAAUGCGAGCAGUUCUUAUGUGGAGCAUUAGUGACUUUCCUGCAUACGGGAUGUUGUUAGGUUGGACGACGCAUUGGAGGCUAUCUUGUCCUUAUUGUAUGGGAAGCACAGACGCAUUUCAGCUGAAGAAUGGUAGGAAGACGGCCUGGUUUGAUUGUCAUCGGAGAUUUCUUCCCAUUAACCAUCCGUACCGAAGGAACAUGAAAUUGUUUCGGUCAAAAAGGAUUGUACGAGACACCGCUCCACCAUAUUUAUCUGGAGAGGAAAUCGAGAAGUAUAUUGAUUACUAUGGUGCACAAGACACAGUCAAGAAAGGGGGUAAUUGGCAUACUACUGCAAAUAUGUCUGCUGGUUACGGGACACAACAUAAUUGGCACAAGAAGAGUAUAUUUUGGGAACUUCCAUAUUGGAAAUAUCUAUUUCUACGCCACAAUCUUGAUGUGAUGCAUACAGAGAAGAACUUCUUUGACAACAUCAUCAAAACAUUGUUGAACGUCCCCGGGAAGACAAAAGAUAACAAGAACUCAAGGUUGGAUUUGCCUGCAUUAUGUUCUAGGAUUGAGCUGCAUAUUAGAAACGAUGGGAAAAUUUUGGUUUCCAUUUUGAGAUUGUCAGCAGAAGCAAAAGAAGCGUUGUUCAAGUGGGUGGCAUCAGAUGUAAAGUUUUAUGAUGGAUAUGUUUCAAAUCUAUCAAGAUGUGUUGAUCAGUAG